GUGACCAACAGAAUCGUCGACCAGCCGAAGCAGCCCCUGCUGGAGCUCGAGCGGCCAAACAAGCGAGAGCAGCAGCUCCAGACCCACCGUGGAAGGAGCACUGUGAUGUACAAGACAACGGAGGGCAAGGUGAAGAAGAACAAGCAGAAGUUCGGAGCUACGGACGCAGAUAUUCAAAGAAUUGGAACGUGUGGAAAGAUGGCUGAUUCUCUCACAAUCAG